AUGGUCAGUAACCAGGAAACAAUCGAAGCAGAAGAAUAUGCAACUCAUCUGAAACUACUCAAGGAUGAUCCAACUAGCCGUGAUCGAGACAAUCAACAGUAUAUAACGCCGAUCUUCACGGCUUCGCUUCGAGAUCAAAUCAAGCAGUUUGGAUUGAUAGCCGGACAUUCCAGCAUUCUUGCCAAUAGUGAAAAUCGGAAGGAUCCACGACUCUUCUAUAAUAUAGCUGCACCUUUCAGUACAUUUAUUUGUGGCUCUCAAGGAAGUGGGAAAUCCCAUACUCUGUCAUGCCUUCUGGAGAAUUGCCUCGCGAAAUCAUCCGUUAGUAAGGUGAAGAAACCUCUAUCGGCUUUAUUGUUUCACUAUGAUGCAUUUAUUGGCGAUGUAAAAGGAACCCCUUGCGAGGCUGCUUACCUUGCAAGCAACUCAGAUAUCAAAGUUCGAGUUCUAUGUCCUCCGACAAAUUUCAGAACUAUACGACGCACGUAUAGUGGUAUUAAGGGUGUUAAAAUUCAUGAACUCUGCAUUGACGAAACGGAUCUUACAACGCAAAGAAUGUUGAGCCUAAUGGCGGUCAAAACAUCAGAGGAAUUGCCGCUCUAUCUCCACACUAUCACCAGAAUCUUGCGGGUUCUGCGGAUUGCUCACCAGAUUAACGGAAAGCCUUUUCAUUACGGAGAAUUCAAGAAGCAACUUGAGGAUCUUCGGUUGACGACUGGCCAGGAAGGACCGCUCAUACAACGAUUGGAUACACUAGAAAGUUUUAUGCCAAUUGAACAGAGGAGCGCUAAGUCUUCUGCUCCUCUGAAAAGAGGUAAAGGAACAGAUUGGAGCAUAAAGGCCGGAGAACUUACUAUCGUUGAUCUUUCAUGUCCUUGUGUGACCGUUGAAGCUGCAUCAUCUCUGUUCAAUAUGUGUCUCUCAUUAUUUCUAGAAGAGAAAUCCAACAUAGGGAAAGUUGUUGCCCUUGAUGAGGCUCACAAAUAUAUGUCGAACAGUACAGGAGAUGCCUUGACCGGUAACUUAUUAUCCACAAUUCGUCUCCAACGUCAUUUAGGUACACGAAUUUUUAUUUCAACACAAGAGCCAACAAUUUCUCCCGCACUGAUUGAUUUAUGCUCCAUAACUAUUGUUCAUCGCUUUUCUAGUCCUGAAUGGCUCAAAUGUCUCCGUUCUCAUGUUGCCGCACUGCAUAAUUCAGGAUCCAAUUCUCAAGAUGAUGAGUCGAUGAGAAGAGAUGUAUUCAAGGAAAUUGUAGCAUUACGAGUGGGUGAAGCAUUAUUGUUCGCACCAGAAGCAAUGAUCUAUAAGGAUUGUGAUAGGAUCAGCUUACCAACUGGUGAUGAAUCUGUUGAUACGACUACAUUGAUCAACGACGAGAGUAGCAAUAAUGUAUCAGAGAAGAAAGAGGAGAAGGUCAUCGAAAGAGAUGAUGAGAAUGACGGACAAGCAUUGAGAAAGUUAGGAACAGAUUAUGUCAAGAUAAAGGUGAGAGCUAGGCUCACUAAUGAUGGGGGAAGGAGCGUUCUGGCAGCUUGA